CUGCGCGACUGAAAGUAGCAUUAGGUCAGGGGUAGCUAACCGGGCAGCUCCAACUGUCGGAAACCGACAGAUCACUAAUGAAUGUCCUUUAACAUUGAUGGUUAAUAACAUUACUUUAAGAAUCGUGCCAUUGUGAAUAUAUAACGUGGGCCGACAGAUACCAACCUUCGCAAACAUGUCUUACUGCAAGCAAGAGGGAAAAGAUCGUAUUAUCUUUGUAACUAAAGAAGACCAUGAGAUGCCAAGCAAUGCUGAGCUCAUUGCUGAUGACCCUAAUGAUCCCUAUGAAGACCAUGGUUUGAUCCUGCCCAAUGGGGAUGUAAACUGGAACUGCCCGUGCCUGGGGGGCAUGGCCAGUGGGCCCUGUGGUCAGCAGUUCAAGGAGGCCUUCUCCUGUUUCCACUACAGCAAUGAAGAAGUUAAGGGUUCUGAGUGUAUCGACAACUUCCGGAACAUGCAGGAGUGCAUGCAGAAAUACCCUGAGCUUUAUCCCCAGGAGGAUGAGAACGAGAGCCCCCCUCCGGGAGGGGUUGAUGCCACUGCACCAACUGAGGACACUGGCCUUCCCUCAGCCCCCUCCACUGACUCUGCCCCAGCCCCAUCUGAAUCCCCAUCUGAAUCAGGCCCAUCUGACAAUAUGCCAUCCACAGACAGCCAAGCUACCAGCUAAAACAAUGCAUCACCAUCUGCAGGCUCUCUGUCUCUCGUAAAAGAUUAACUGCCUUACAGAAGGCUCUCUCUCUGUGUGAAGUCGGAUACUCCAAACUUGCCCUCUAGGUUCAAAUCUUGUCACAAGGGCAGAGAACCAGAGACACACCCCAGCCUCAAGGAAGAUCUUGUUAAUGAAGGGACAAGUCAUGAAGACAAGGGGAAUGAUCAAAAUAAAAAUACUUUUUAAAGAAAAAAAUACAUUUUUUCUUAAGCUAUUGUAUUCUAAGCUUGGGGAGCACUUUAAGUCCUAACAGUGAUGAUUUAA